CAUAUUAUUAAAAAAUACUGUGUAAUGACGUAAGGAAUAUCGGGAAUGUAGAAAAUAUAUAAUCUUUUAUUGCUCUAAACACCAUGACAUUUGUGCUCAUUAAUCAUUAUAAAAUAGUUUAAAUUACAAGCACUAUUAUGCCAGUAUCAUACUAACUGCAUCUAUAACAAGUAUUUACAAGUUGAAAAAAUAUCUUUCAGAAUAAGUACCUACAUAUUUUAACUGUAAAAAUCAUUACCGCUUUUAAUUAAUAUUGUAUAUUAUUAGAGUAUUCAAAAAUGUUGUUCGAUACCACUAGUAACAAACCAACUGAAACAGGAACACGUAUGGUAAAUUAGAGUUACAACAAUUUUAUUCAGAGUAGAUUUACAUUUUUUCUGAUACUACAUCACCAGCGAACAAUGAAAUUAAAUGCUUUUAAAGUGUUGUUUUAUACGUUUAUAGUGCAUGUUUUUAUUCCGGGCAUUCAAAGUGAUAUUUUAACAAUGUUGGGUCUAAAUUCCGAUAGCAGUAAGUUUAAAAAUAUCGUAGAAGAAUUUCAAAAGAAAUAUGAUCUUGUAGAAGCGGCAGAAAUUAUUAAUCAAUCUAAUGACGAUAAUUUCCAAAAAGUCUCUAAUGAGUUUAUCUCUUUUGAAAUCGAUUUACUUCUAAUAUUACAGCAAAUGGCCUUCGUGUUUAAUGAAAGAGAUGGCACCAGACUCAUUCACGCGGACUAUUUUAUAACGAUCUGUACAUAUCUCCCGAGAUGUUUGGAUUUCAUCAAUAUUAAUGUAAUUCAUAAUUCAAUUACAACUAUGUUGAACAAAAUUCAUAUAGUUCUAUGUUAUUCAUUGCCAACAUAUCUGAAGACAUAUAUCAAUGCGUUACCGAAUCAUAUAGAAAGUGAACGUUUUGAUGAGACAAUUGAACAUGAUUUGCAAUAUAUAUUAUCAAUGACAUAUGAAAAAACAAAAAAAGAUAUAAACCUGUUUAUAAUGCAACAAAACUAUAAGAUGGACAGUCAGAAUUUUAUUACAAAUGUUUACAAGAUCAUUGGAAAUAUCGAUUUUACAUCAUAUAUAACAAACAAUCUCGGUAAUAUAAAUCAGCAUUAUAUGACACUUAAUUCGAGGACUCAGGAAUUCAAAUUCAAGGUUACUAAAGUAAUUAACAGAAACAAUGAACUACAUAUCAAUUCUGAAAACAAAAUUAAUUUUCUGGAACUCAAUAAAAAUUUUACAAAUGAUCUUCGGAACAAAUGCGGUUUAUCAAAUUUUGAAAUUCAGUCACAAGAUUUGUCAAAGCUCGAAACAAUGCAAGAAAUUGUUUUUUAUACAUUAAAGAAACUCCAACAAUAUUUUACAAAUACUAUAUUGAAUAGUACAAAGACAAAUUCAAAAGUAACCAAAUAAGACCUAAGGAACACGAUUGAUAUUAUGGACACGUUACAAGACGUAUGUCGUAAUAUGUCAAUAAUUC